GUUUUUAUGGGAAGACUAUGGAAAGACUGCAAUAGGCCGUGAAUGUGAAGCUCGGUUCGAUUCUGGGAGCCAUUUCGUUCGGUCUUAAAUGAGUGAACGGCUCGAAUCGUUCCCGGACCGCCCAUCAAAGUCAGCGGCUCCCGACAGCGCUGCUGGAGUCCGACACUGAGAGGUGAGCCGACCGUCUCUCCGUUGCCAUGGAUGCUGGUGUUCGUGUCAGAGGAGGCCCGAUCAGGUCCAGGGCGUCCGUACGGAGAGAGACGGUGCGUGACUCUGGAGCCCAGUCCGCGAAGAGCCUCUUCAGGAGCAGAAAGGAGCUGUGCGGCGUCGGCCUGGAGCUGCCAGCCAGAGACGCCACGAGGCUCUCUGAGAUUCACUUCGUGUGUCUGCCUGGACAAUGUGAAGGGGAGGACUCCACCCAGCAGACUCUGUCCUCCCUGCCCGCGGCGCUGUGCGAGCUGCUCAAGUCUCUCCAUGCGCACAGCCUGAAAAGCGACGAGGUCCUGCUGCUCAAAGACUCCCGCAGGCUGGCGGAGCACAGAGACGUUCAGUGUUGGCUAAAGGCUGUGUGUGUCCUGAGGCACAACCCCUCCACAGGCGUGUACCCCCAGGCCAGCGUAGCGUCUUUGGUGGGUUUGUUGGGUUGCUACAUAGCGGGGGUCCGCUAUGUGCUGGAGCUCCAGGAUCUUCAGAGGGGUCUCAGCGAGCCCAGCCAGCCGGAAGAAGACGACACCAACCAGUCGGUCUCAUCGAUCGAAGAUGAUUUUGUCACUGCACUGGAGCAUCUGGAGGAGGAAGACAAUAGAGACAAUCCCUCUGCAGCUGCGUUUUGCCAUUUUAAGAAGCGUGAUGUGGCCUCACAGACCAUCCCAGCCCACAAAAGAAAGAAGGAACUGUCAGGGUCCCGCAUUAUCAUAAGUUCAUCUUCCAUGAAACAUUCAGCCAAACAUGGUCCCGAUGUUUCUGUCACAGUGCAGCGGUCAUCAUCAGGGGUUGAAUCCCAGUGGACCUACUGCAGUUCCGGAGCUCGUCCGGCCUCUCCUUCAACUCAGCUUAGCGAAUCAGAGGAGUCUGACUGCUCCAGCCCCAGCCCAAUCAUUUUCCUGGAUGAAGUGGGCUACCAGAGGAGCCUGUUGGCUAAGUUGGACAUCCCCCAGGUUCCAGGGGGACCCAGAGAUCGAGUUGAAGACUCAGACUCUGAAGUUAGUGAAUUCUUUGACAGCUUUGACCAGUUUGAUGACCUGGAGGAGCCAAGCUCAGAGAGCUGCACUCUAACUCUCCCUCUAGACUCCAUCAGCGCCUCGGCUGCACAGAAAAAGUCUGAGGCUGGUUCCAGUGGUCCCAGUUUGAAGUAUGUUUCCAGGGGUUGCUCAACUAAGAGCAUGAACCUUCAGCGCUUUGACCAGCCCUCUCUCCCAGCCAAUGUGAAAAAACCUACUCCCCUGAAACCAGGUUCUCCCUACUCAGUUCACCCCGACAUGGCCGACUCCUCUUGGUUGACGCAGACGCCAUCUGAGGAAAAUGGAGGACCUCUCUUCAGUCCUGUCAGCUCUUCUGCCUUUAGUCCUUUGGUGGAGACUAAUGGACCACUGGAAUACUUCUGGAAGACGGAAGAGAAAGGGGAGGACAAGUCAGAGCUUCGUAAACCUCAGGACCUCUGCUCCUUGUAUAAGACCUACUCAGACUUUGCCAACAAUUUGUCCAAAGAAAUUCUAGGAUCGGUGUGUGGUUUCCAAACUGCUGUUGACAUCAGUGACAACAAGAAUCUCAGCUGUGUCUGCCACAAAGAGUUCAAGAACCCAUCGGGCUAUCUGAUGAAAUUGUCAGACAUUCAAGAGACGGUCACAGUCGCCAAGUUGCAGAAGAAGUCCCAGUCUCUAAAGGAUGGCAUUCAGAGAUUUGCUUCUGACCUGGUGGAGAUGAGCUUGGGGAGCGCCCUGCGAGACCUCCAAAAAGGCGUAUCCUCCUGUACCACCACCCUGUGUCACCUGGCUGCUAGACUCACCUCCUCUGUUUUUCAGAUGGCCUUUCACGAAAUUGGCAUGCGACGUGCGUAUGUCUUGAAGGAGCGAGCUAUCAACGGAUUAGCUGGUUUCCUUGUCGGUGAAGCCAUUUCUGGGGCUCUUAAAGAGUUCCUCAUUGUAAAAAAACAGAUUUUCCACAACACAGUGACGCAGUUUGCUGCUGACCUGGCCGAGGAGCUGGUGUUUGAAGGCAUAAUGGAAGUGUGUCAGUUCUCCCACCCCUCGACCCCUAUCACACCUAGUGAUUGGGCUUUUGGCCACAGGCAAGCAGAAGAGGAAGAAGAAGAGGAGGAGGAGGUCGUCUCCUCCUAUGCUUCGGAUUUGUCCGAGUCCGUCAUACAGGAAGCCUUCAUAGAGCUCUCUCAGGCUGACGUUGCCUUUACGAGCCAAGCGGCUAUCAGUGUGUCCUUGGAUAACGUCUGUUAUGUCAAUGCUGAGAACACUAGCACCCAUACCAGCAGCAUCUUUGCUAACAAACACAUUUUAAGCUCCAGCUCCACUUCAGCAACUCCAGGGUUGUUAGGAGAGGAGGCUUCCUGCACAGUGAAGAACGCUCUGUUCACCGUCUCAGGCAUGGCUAGCUGUAUUCCUGUUCCCCAUGCUGGCCAAGCCCUCUCCAGCUUCCAGGAUCCAGAGGAAGCUUCCCAGUACAAGCCAGAUAGCCCAAAGGUCAACACCAAAAGAUUAACUGUAACAUCAACUGACAGUACCUCCUCUAAACAAUCUCAUGCCUACCAUCACGAAACCCAAAACUCCAUACCUGUGGGAGGCUGCUCUCAACAAAGAUUAUUCCAAAACUUCUCUGGCAACAUAGUGGAUAUGAUUGUAACUGAAGCCUGUGAGCUUAUUACCACUUCUAAAAUGAAGAAGGGUUUUGGCGACUGCACUGACUUCCUCACAAAGUCCAUUGGAAGCCGAAGGAACUCCUCCUCAGCGCAGGAAACAGCAGAUUCACCUUCAAAGCACAGAGCAGAUAGGGAGCGCUUCAGAUAUGACGGGUGUGUCCAACAGGGGUGGACUCCUGAUUUUGCUCCUCCUGUUUCCUUUCCAGCCGGUUCCUCCAACCAGGGGAAAGUCCAGUGUGAGACGGAUCCCAGGGGGAGAGGUGUGGAUCAAACGCAUCCUGUGAUGAUGGAUACUCUCGAUGUGCCUAGUGCAGCUCUGCUUGGACGGGGCCGGAUAUCUGGCAUUCUGGAUGAUCCACCUCCAAGCUCUGGCCAAAAGUCUGCAGGGACUCCUGGUACCCCUCCUUCCACCCCUCAGCAGCCCAGUGAAGUCUCUAAAGAAAAACAGAUCAAACAGUUUUCCAAGAAGCUGAAAAGCAAGCUAGCCAAUGAAUUUUCCCCUGCGACUCCUCCCCCAACCCCUCAUUAUCACCCUGAGCCAGGUCCUGGCCCUGAAGACGCCAUCCCUGAAUCAGACAAGGCUGAGUUUAUGCUCAGCCUCAUGCGGUCUCUGUCUGAGGAGGCGGUUGGUGAUGAAGAUGUUGAAGAGGAAGAACCAGUUGAGGAAGAAGGUGUUAGUGGAACUAAGAGAGGUGAAGAGGCAGACGGUGGGCGACUGGACCACCAUCAAGUGUCAUCUCGUAGGAUGUCUAACAAGGAAGCCCUCCAUUAUGCUGAGCGUUUGGCGUGCCACAUAGUUUCUAUGGCGACUGAGAUGGAUACAUUAGGAGGGUCAGAGGAAGAAGGGGAGUUAAACAAGAGCAGCGAGCAGAGGAGGGACAGCGUGGCUCAGUUCUCAGAACAGACCCUGAACACGUUGUGGGUGUAUGCAGGCGAGGUGGCAGGACAGGUCAUAAACGAUGUGAAGACAAUGGUUAGCUCCAGACAACAAUGUCCCUACCACAGAAGUCAGGAACUCCGAAGAAGAUCCAGCUCUGAUGGUUGGCAUCCGCGCCACCGUCACCAGUCUCAGCCCAGUACAGACCAGAGCCGAAACUCAAGGUUAGCAAAGCUUGCAGAGCAGUGGUCCAAUGACCUGAUAGCUUCAGUUUCUCAGUCUCCCCAUUCCACUUCAAGUACCAGCUCCAGCUCUGGUAUGUCCUCCGAGUACCCCAGCUGUGAGAGUGUGACAGAUGAAUACGCAGGCUACCUCAUUAAGGUGCUGAGAAAGGAAGGUGGCACUAGGGAGUUGGUCCUAGACCAGUAUGCAAGCCGCCUGGCAUACCGCUCUAUUAAAUUAGGCCUGGCUCAUGCUAGUCGUAAGAACAAGCAAAGGCCCUCCACCAGCCGCCUUCUGUCCUCCAAGUCCCUGCCGGAUGAAUGGAAAGCUUCUGGCAAUGAGACCUUAGCAUCCAAAUAUAGAUCAGAAUCUAUGGGGUUUGUGUCCAGUGAGAACACUGAGUGUUGCUGCCGGGUUUCUGACAAGCAGUGCAAGAGGGAGUACGGAGACCUGGUCAACUUUGCAGAGUCUUUAGCUUACAACAUCACCUGUGAUGUCACACGCAAACUGCAUCUUUCUUCAGUUCGCCUUCCGAAGUCUCUCACUGACUCCUGUCUUUAUAAAAAGUCCAAACUUGAAGAUAUGGCUGACAACAUCAUCAGGAACUCUUUCUCCUGCCCUCUAUUGUCCAAGGAGGAUAAAAAUAGACAUUACCACAGUACAGGAAGCCUGUAUGAUAGGGGCUACAGCAGCAGAGUGAUGCAGGUCAUCGAGCAUUACGCCAGGAAGAUAGUCGAUGACACCGUCAAAAUGAGCCUGGCGUCAGUCGGACAUUCCUCCUGGGAACAUUCACAGACUCGUGGCUACGAUCGUCACUCUCACGCCCAGAGGCUGUCUGAGGGGUCGGCUGCUGUCCAGUCUGUAGGAGAGAGGACCUGCCGUUACUGCCUGUCUCAGGAAUGUCCCCACUGCACCAAACUUAGCAGACACCCUUACCAGCCUGUCUUACAGAGAAGGAUAAGAGCAUCAGAAAGUCACUUGGCAUCAGAGCGCCUCCCUAGUGUGGGUAUUCCAAAGAUCCACAUCGACCUGGACCACAGGGCAGCAUUCGCAGAAGAAGUUGUAUCUCUGGCAUUGGAGACGGCUAAGCGUGAGCUGAGUAAUGCCAGCCUUAAUGCAGACAGCGGGAUUGGCCAUGACGGCACCAGCUUCGCUGAGAGCCUAACGGCAGAGAUCAUGACGUCAGUGCUGUCUAACGUCUGUCAGGCUGCCAACAUCAGUUCUCCAGGUCGGGAACAGACUGAGUCCACAGUGUACCAGCAGCUGAGUGUGGGAGAAGACAGUCUGGGCAGCUGGUCUAACCUGAGCUUUGAGGACGAUCACCCAGACGACAACAGCAGCUUCCUCCAUCUCAGUGACAGCAAUGGGAACAGCAGUAGUUGGAGCAGUCUGGGCCUUGAAGGGGACGUGUGUGAGGAGCGUAUGUCGUUCUCCCCCUCUGACAGCGAUAACACCGAGGACAAGGAGACGGAGGUCAGGGAGUCCAGUGGGACGCUGUGUGCAGACAGAACUCCGGCACAGACCGCGCGCUCCGCUCUGCUCAUCAUCAAUUCAGACUUCAGGGAGCUGGGACGCGGCCUCCAGCACGCGACCUUCGACCCCCAGCUCAGGAGCAUGCUGCAGUGGGCGGCAGCCUCCGUGGUCGACGUCCCUCAGAUCCAGCUGAACGUGGACAGAGAGCUGCAGCAGCUGCCCGCUGUGGUGCAGAAGCUCCAGGAGAGAAAGUGGAAGGUGGCAGAUCUGCUGCACAUGCUGCUGCGCUACCAAGAGGAGAGGCUCUGCUACGCGCCGCCGCCGCCGGGGGGAACCGGAGACACCCAGCACCCACCGCUCUUCCAGUGGCUCCUGGAACAUGCUUAAAACCUCCUGAUAUAUAUUUUUAUUAUUAUUAUUAUUAUUAUUUCAAAAAAGGCCUUUUAGGAUCUCGUUAGCCACCAGAGGGCGCCACAGAAACCAUGUUAUGGGUUCCAUUCCCUCCCAUGUGGGCAGCAUGUUACAAAGAGCUCCUUGAGCUGCCUUUGUGUUUUUUUUCUCUCCACCUUCCUGUUGUGUUGCUGCAGAUUUUUUUCCUCAUAUCCCCAUGUCGGAUGAGAGGAGCCAUCUCUCUUUCUACCCCUCUUGUUGCCUCCAUCCCCACCCACGCUGCCAAGCCUCCCUGUGUUCUGGAGCUGAGGAGUCAGAGACCCAUCCCGUGUGUUUCCAGACAGACACGGACGGAGCUGGGAGAGAGAAAAUGUGUUUUUUUUUUGUUUUUUUUUGUUUUUCCUGACAGGGAAUCCCCACAGCUGCUCAGCAGAUGAUGUCAUCACAUCCACUGCUCACCUCCGUGGCGUUUCCACAUGUUCAGAGACCAAUCGUGCACCAAAACACACACACGCACACACACACCACACCCUUUUAUUAUCAGAUUCAAUUCUAAAGAGUAGUAUUAUCCCACCAUUUAGUUGAUCAUCUUUUGAAACUUCCUGUUUUUCGGUUCGCUUCGGUGAAGUUUCUGUGAAGAACUGAGUCUCUCCAUCAUAAUUCAUCAAUGUGCUGCCAAACAUUCAGAAAUAUAAGCUGUCUGUGAAGGUGUAAGAAACCUUUUUCUGCUACUGUUACCUUGUGUUGAUAUAAGAAGCCAUAAUUGUGGCUUUAGAGAGAUGAAUAUUUCAAAAAAUGCCUCAUGAAGGAGUAUUGUUGUUCACUGCAAAAGUACAAAAUCUCACCAAGUAUUUUUGUUCUGGGUUCUACUGCAAAUGUCUUAGAACACUGGAAAUAAGACAAAGCUAACAUACAAGCAACUUUUCAGCAAGAUAUAGGAGCUUGUUUUAAGUCAGUUAAUAUAUAUAUAUUUUAAAGUACGAGUUCCACUGGCAGAUUAUUUCACUAACAAGGGGUCUUGUUUUAAAGGGGACCAAUAAUGCAAAAUUCCUAUUUUGCACAUUUUUGUACAUUAAUUUGGGUUUCUACUGCAUUUAGAAACAACCAAAGUGCUUAAAAAACCCCACCUAGUCUUUUUUUUUUUUUUGGUCAAUAAAUUAAAGUCUUUUGGCGUCUGGAAAAUGAGCGUUUCAAAAACCUGCUGAAUAUCACCUAGCAACCCAAACAAAGCCCAGCCCUUCAGUGAAACAUAUCUUUCAAUCAAUAUUAAGGAAUUAUUUGCAUAAGCUCUUACAUUUUGCUGACAAGUUUGUUCCAAGUUACUUUUAGCUCGUUUUAAGUCUACUAAGAUAUUUGAACUAGAAACUAGAUGAAAAAUAUUGGAUCAGAUUUUUUUUUUUGUAGAGAACUGAAUCUGUUUGCUUCACUAUAACGUCCUCAGUUGUCAAACUUAGUAAGAAACUCCAGAGUGCAUGAUAUUUACUAAAGUUAGAGUAAUUUAAUAUAAACAAAAAUCUUAAUUUUUAUUUUUAUUUUUUUUACACAAAAGUAUCUAAUCGAACAUGACAUGCUGCUUAAACUGUCUCACUGGUGGGAAUCUGCCAGACGCAGUUAAAGGUGACUCCGGUCCAGUCAGUUGUAGCUGAACGGGUCGGUAAUCAUGGAGGAGGAGGAGGAGGGGAGGGGGGGGAGCAGGUUCAGUUCGGGGAAGCUCCGGUGACGCAGACGGCAAUUAAAGGUGCAGGAGAUGUCUGCACGUGCAGCCCACAGACCAGCGGCCUGUGCAUAGCUGAAAGCAGGGCUCACACACACGCACACACACACACACACACACACACACUGUGUCACCUUCAGGACACAAACACACCCUCGAGCCCUCUGCCGCUUCACAGUCCGUACCCGCCGUCCUGAAAACUGAAAGAACUACAGUACGUUUGUGUUUAAUGUAUUGUUUUGAUACGAGGGACCGAAGAGUGACGUCCAUGCUGUGGGGUCCUGUGUUUAAAAUAAUACAGUAGGAACUCACGUCCGUCAUUAUUAUUCUAAAGUCCAGUGUUGGCGGUGGUGUUUCGCUCAAUCACUUCUUUAUGCCUGCUUCACCUGAGCAGCGUUGCUGUCAGUAGCUGCGUUUCCAUUACAAUUGGGGGCAAAACUACGUCAAUAAUGUCGACAGCACAAUUUCGCAGUUGUGGUGUUUUUAUUAAUUGAGAAACGCGAUUAAAAUCACACCACGAGACUCAGUCCUCGAGUCCUGGGCCGCAUGUCUUCCCUCUCCCUCACAACCCGUCUGACCACUCUCAGAUAAAGGCCAUAAAACUUCUUCAAAAAAUAAAAAAUCACAUAUUUUUGUCACGUGAUAAGUCUUUAAAAGCCGUGCCGCGCUUUCAUCCUCCUUCCACUUCCUUCCGUCUUUUCCGCCAGUAGCAACAUCCGGUCGCAUAACUCCUGUGAUGCGAAAACGUUUUUUCAUUGCAGUGUGUUACAAAAUACGCUAAUUUUGUUGCAACCGAAAAACCGCCUCAUCAGAGCAUAAAACUUUCUUUUAACAAUUUUUUUUUAUUUCGAAAUUGGCAUUUCCAUUAUUCGAUUUUAUGUUCAUAAUUCCAAUUUGCAUAACUGAGUAGUCAGCGAAAACGCAGCUUAUGUUUCACACUAGUUCCCAGUGUGACGCAGUUGUUUCUGCUUCAUCGUUUUGCUACCAAAUUCUUCCGUAAUCCUGAAGGUGUUUGUUUUGAAAACAAUAUUCCUAAAAAGUAUCCAAAAUCGACAUCCUAACAGGAAUGAAGCAAUUCUGAAGUAUUCCCCUGAGAAGUGUGAGAGUUUGUUGGUUUACAAUAAAAAGAAUGUAUCAGGAGACAGAUUUCCUCCUGCCGUGUUUUCAGCUGUUUUUUUUUUUGUUUUUGUUUUUUUUGGGGGGAUCCUUCAUCUUUCAGAAUCGAUUUGAAAUAUUUACAUUCCUUCUCAUUCCCCACAUAACCUCUAUGAUUUUGUUGUUGUUGUUUGUGAAAGCUGAAUGUGUUAUGAAGCCGCCAAGACUCCAUUUAGAGGCUGAUUUACUGUAAAUCUGUUUUGCUCCAGUUGUUUCUAGCGUUUUCUGCUCCUCGCCCACCGCAUCGUAGGAAGAAACAAAAAGAAAGAAAAUGACCUCACCUCAUCACCUGUCGCUUCCUUCUGAACAUCCCUGCCAAAUGAAGAUAUUUAAUAGUUUAUGUUAAAUUAUAUGACAGUGAAUUUGUUCUCCUUAGUGACAUUGCUGACUAGUCUAAGCUUGAACUCUUAACUUUGUUCAUGUUAAAGCUUGUUGUGAGAAUAAAGCUUUUUAUGUGCUGAAA